AUGGGAUGGGAUGACAGGGGCAUGAAAGGGAAACGAGAAGCGAAGUCGCGCAAACACAUUUAUUGUGAAAAGCAAUAACGUUAGUUGUGGUGGCGAAUUCAGUCUAUAUUAAAUGCAGUAAUUGAUGACGCGAUAGAAAGGCCUCCACCAUGGGUGAACCACAGCAGGUGAGUGCCCUACCUCCCCCUCCCAUGCAGUACAUCAAGGAGUACACUGAUGAGAACAUCCGCAAGGGGCUCGCCCCCAAACCCCCUCCUCCCAUCCGAGACACCUACAUGAUGUUCGGCAACCAGUUCCAGUGUGACGACCUGAUCAUCCGACCGCUGGAGAGCCAGGGCAUCGAGCGGCUCCACCCCAUGCAGUUCCACCACAAACGGGAGCUCAAGAAGCUCAACAUGUCCAUCCUGGUGAAUUUCCUGGAUCUCCUGGACAUCCUGAUCAAGAGCCCUGGCAGUAUAAAGAGAGAGGAGAAGCUGGAGGACCUGAAGCUAUUAUUUGUCCACAUGCACCAUCUGAUUAAUGAGUACCGUCCGCAUCAGGCCAGAGAGACCCUGAGGGUGAUGAUGGAAGUGCAGAAGAGACAGCGACUGGAGACUGCAGAGAGGUUCCAGAAACAUCUGGAGAGGGUCAUGGAGAUGAUCCAGGGAUGCCUGGCCUCCCUGCCCGAUGACCUGCUGCAGACUGAGGCCUCGGGUGGGGUAGGGGAUGGGGCGAGGGGUGGUGGAGCGUUGGGGUUGGCCGUGAGGCUAAAGACUGAGCCCAUGGAAGUGGAGGAGGCUGGGGCUAGCUGUAUGGCUGUUGGGCCACAACAGGACAAAAGCAUGGGUGGUGCUGCUAAGAAGGACAGAGUAUGGGACAAGGAUGCAGCAAUGUGUAGUAUUAUCGACGAGAUUGCCUGAGUUUUGUAUUUAGGGCUGGGGUCUCUAUAGAAGGCUGCAAUGAUGAAGAACGUUCAGAUAGAAAUGUGUUCUGUAAAACAUAUUGUCUGUCUGUUAUGAAUCGAGUCCUCUUCAUUAUAUUUCUAUAUGUAAUGUUCAGAAUCAAAAUGAUUCACCUUGCUGAAUAUAGGUUUCUCUUGUUUUGGUAUGUUUGUUUUAUUACUGUUAUUGGUCUGUUUAAUUGUGUCGUAUGCUUAAUCUAGUUCUGAUCACAUACGCUGUGCAGUUUUAUAGUAUUUCAUGGACAAUGAAGUGUCAUGGACAAUGAGAACACACCUUCCCUGUUCAGAAUUGUUUUGGGCUAUCAUUAACGUUUGGAUGCUCUUUAAAAUUCAUAAUUUGAUAAGUUAAUAAAGCAACUUCCAAGUCCUGUAACAUAAUUGAUUAAUUCUAUUUUAUAUGAUUCAUUUUCACUAUCAUGGUUGACUGUUGAAUUAGACAAUUAGGCCUACCACCCUUUUUUCUGUUUUAAUCUAAGACUGGUUGUAUUAUACCACUAGUGGGUCCUGCUGAUUCCUUUCAGGUUGUCUUAAAACUGAUUCCUGGCUAGAAACCACUU